AAUUUCACCCUCUUACGCAGUCAAGAUGGCGUCGAGCAGGGACAGGCGGCACACCGCCGACGCGGAAUCCGCCGUCGAUUAUGUCCAAGUGGACGGCCUGGUCGUGCUCAAAAUCAUCAAGCACUGCAGCGAAGAGGCCGGAGGACUUCUGGACGUGGCCCAGGGCGUCCUGCUGGGCCUCAUAAACUCCAACUUCGUCGAGAUCACCAACUGCUUCCCGAUCCCGCCGCGCCAUGCCGAGGAAGAAGAGGCCGACGACUUGGAGUACCAGAUGGAAAUGAUGCGCCAGAUGCGUCACGUCAACGUGGACCACUUACACGUCGGCUGGUACCAGAGUUCCAACUUUGGCAGCUACUCGAACCGCACUCUACUCGAGUCCCAGUUUGGCUACCAGACCAACAUCACCGAGUCCGUGGUGCUCAUCUACGACCCGAUCCGUACCACCAAGGGGUUCCUCUCGCUUCGCGCGUUCCGUCUCAGUCAGCCGGCGAUGAAGCUGCUGGCCAGCAACGACUUCGGCGCUGAGCAGUUCAAGAACGCGCGUUGUUCCUUCGAGAACAUGUUCGAGGAGAUCCCCGUGGUGAUACGCAACUCUCACCUCGUCAACAUUUUGCUCUGCGAACUGAGCGAGUCGACGCCCGUCGACGUCGGCAAGCAGCUGCUGGACAUGAGCACGGCGUUUGUUUUCGAAAAGAACCUGCAGGCUAUGAUGAUGUGCGUGGACGCACUCAACCAAGAGACAAACAAGUUCAUCAACUACCAGCGCCAGGUGAUGCGCCAGCAGCAGCAGAAGCAACAGUACAUCCAGAAGAGGGCCCAGGAGAACAGUGCACGCGCCCAGAAGGGCGAACCCCCACUGCCGGACGAGGAUAUCAACAAGCUGUUCAAGCCCAUCCCAACACCCUCGCGCCUUGAGUCGGUGCUCCACUGCGGCCAGGUCAACUCGUACUGCCAGCAGGUGGCGCAGUUUGCCACCCAGAACCUGGGCAAGCUGUUCAUGGCCGAAGCCCUGCAGCUGGAGAGCAAGCCAUCGGGAGUGCUCCCGUAAGGCGCGCAUGGGCUGGAGGGGCGCCCCGUUUAAAGAAUGCAUUCCUCCAUGCCAGGCUAGGGGUUUUAUCGUGCCGAGCUUUCUUUCCUCUCUUUGUCGAAGCUGCCAGGUAAACACAUGCCGUGUCUAAACUCUGGGCAUGCGGAAAAUGUGGAAGAACGACCUCAGUGGCUCGCAAUUGGCUCAGCUCAUUUUCCUUUCCCUCUUCAAGCCUCAUUGAGACAAGCACCCAUUGUCAUACCAAGCUCUCUUGCUUUUGACAGCUAAAGGCGAGACAAUGCUCGCCAUCUAAUUGCUAAUGGCAACAUCACCAAGCUAAAGCUCUAUCGCUCUUAACUUCAAGAUAUGUGUGCUUGUCCCUACUAUGGAAUCGACAGAAAUCUCAGACACAACGCUAGCGCUCCUUCUGCUUACGCUUUCUACCAAACCAGGACAGGAAUUAACGUCUUUAUUUUCUAUUAUUUUUGCUGCUUGCUUGGUUCAUAUAUUGCAUGCAGUUUUAUCUUGUUGCUUGAACAUAAUUUCUGUCACACUUAUCGCUUAGGAAACAACGUUAAAUAAUGCUUUUUUGAUUUUGCCUGCUUCAAUUGCAUGUCGAAUUUGAUGCCUUGGUUGAAAUCUAGUGCCUUCACUAUCGUUAAUUCUUAACGCUUGCUUUGCAAAGUUCUUUUUUGAGUGACAGGUAGCAGGGUGUGUCUGUCCUUACUCAACGCUGUGUAUAAAUUUAGAGACAACUGCGCGAAUGUUGUGGAAAGUUGUCCUGACGGCCACUUUGUCGCUUCCAUGGCGCGUUGCAGCAGACGGUCAUGCCAGUAUUUGCACUUCGACACUCCGCACGACACCUCUAGGAAUAAAAGACCUUUUUUCUGA